UGUUAACAUCUUAUAAUACAUUUGCAGAGCAAAUAAAGAUGAGUAAUAAUAAUAACGUGAGACGGGAUGAGGACUCAGCCCUCACAUCCAAUAUAAGACAAUUGAUUAAGGAAUUGAUGGCAGAAUUUUUGGGCACCUAUAUGCUGCUGCUAAUUGGGUGUUCAGGGACGGCUGCCUAUGUAUUGAACAUUAAGGGCAUACCUAACAAACCCGUGGACUACGCCGGUGUUAACUAUUGCUGGGGGUUUGGAGCCUUUGUGGGUAUAUGUGCCUCAAUGGCCAUAUCAGGAGGUCACAUAAACCCGGCCGUAUCCAUAGCUUUCGCAACGUUAAGACGUUUCCCGUGGACUAAAGUGGGUCCCUAUAUAUUGGCCCAAACGGUGGGCGCAUUUCUAGGCGCCGCCACCGCAUACCUGGUAUACUUGGAUCAGAUCAAUAUGCAGCACAACUUAGAGCCGCUCAGGAAUCACACGGAAUUACGAGCCUUUGGAGACGCCCUGAGCACCGGCGGCAUAUUUGCCACAUACCCGGCCGCUCACAGCACGCUAUUAGUUUGCUUUAUUGAACAGGUGGUGGCUACAUGUUCCCUAUUAAUAUCAGUGAUGGUAGUGGUGGACAAGAACAACCUGAAUGUACCCAUGUUUUUGCAGCCCUUUCUACUGGCGUUUGUGAUCGCCACCCACGCCCAGGCAUUUGGGUUUAACACGGGCUGCGCUAUGAACCCGGCCAGGGAUUUUGGGCCCAGACUUUUUACGGCAAUGGCCGGUUGGGGUCUCAAUGUGUUUAGCCCAUUGGACGGUCACUACUGGUGGAGUGCGGGCAUAGCGGGCCCCACACUGGGGGCUGUUAUGGGUGUUUGGAUCUACUAUUAUGUUAUCGAGUAUUUCUAUUCACCGCCAAAAGGGUUGAAUACAUCAGUCGAUGGCAUCAAUGAUACUAAACCCGUUUAAGACACCGAUUGAGCUUUAAUUAUGUG